AUGCCCAGCAAGCCGGAACGCGAUUCAGCUAGGUCACCAGGCCGAGUCGGGGAAGAUUCAUGGACUCCUUCGCGAACCGCUCGAGAAGUGGAGUCUGCCGAUGACAGUGGGCGCAGCGCAAGCGAACUCUUGGGAGACUACAAGUACGACUGGAAUGAUCUCGAUGUUGUGGAGAAAAUGAUGGCGAAUAUGGAGGCUGCCGAGGAUCAGCCACCGAGUACCAGAGCGAACGCGGUAGAACGUCAAAAGCGUUCGACCGGCCGCUCGCUCCCUUCUCACGCGGCUGGCAGCAGUGAUAGAUCCUGGACGCAAUCUAGGUACGAUAGGUCUACAUCGAUGAGCGAUCUCCCAGGUGGCCCAGCCUCAACUUCGAACAACAUAGCAGAUGCGUCUCCACACCCUCCUACUGCAGAUGACGGCACUCAGGCGAAUAUGUCAACUCCACUAAAUGUUCAGAAAGACUCGCUCCAAGACUCUUUGGCCGGACAGCAGCAAUUGAGGAUAGCACCGGCCAUGGACGGGUCUGAGGGGCGCGAAGGACGCUAG